UUCACUAUGGGAUAUCAAGAUUUUGCUAAAAUUUUCAUAAAAAUUCCUCUAUAGCUAUGGAGGCUCUCAAUGCAGCAAGAUUAACCCCUGUUUCAGUUUUUUCUGAUAGAAGAAAUGAACCCAAAAAAAUCCCAUCUUUCCAAUUCAAGAACUUCCCCAAUUUAAGCACCAAUUUGUCGAGAUCAGUAGAGGGUAUAUCAAGAAAUGUUCAAGGGGGUUUAGUUUUACUUUCCUCUGUUUUCAAUACAGGUUUAGCUAAAGCAUUGACAUAUGAGGAGGCACUUCAGCAAUCAACUACUAGUACUAGUUCUGAUUUUGAUGCAAAUGCAUUUGUUGAAACCUUAACUGAUUUCGUAUCAGAUAAUCCUUUAGUUAUAGCUGGUGGUUUUGCUGUUUUGGGUUUACCAUUUAUUGUGUCUCAGGUGUUUGGUAAAAUGCCUAAGCCAUCAUGGGGCGUUGAGUCUGCUAAGAAAGCUUAUGCAAAAUUGGCUGAUGAUGUGAGUUCAGAGUUAGUUGAUAUAAGAGCCACUGCUGAAUUGAAGCAAGAGGGGAGUCCAGAUAUAAGUGGUUUCAAGAAGAAGCCAGUUACAGUUGUAUAUAAAGGUGAAGAUAAGACGGGGUUCUUGAAUAAGCUAGCUUUGAAGUUUAAGGAGCCAGAGAAUACCACAUUGUUCAUUCUAGACAAAUUUGAUGGAAACUCUGAACUGGUUGCAGAGCUUGUCACAGCAAAUGGUUUUAAAUCUGCAUAUGCAAUUAAAGAUGGUGCUGAAGGUCCCCGAGGAUGGAAGAAUAGUGGCCUCCCUUGGAUACUUCCUAAGAAAACAUUUAGUCUUGAUCUGGGCCUGUCUGAUGUUCUUGAUGGUCUUUUUGGGGAUGGUUCUGAUUCUGUUGCUGUAGGUUUGGGUGUUGCCGCAGCUGCUGCGUUUGGACUUUUGGUGUUCUCAGAGGCGGAAACAUUACUUCAACUGUUAGGUUCAGCUGGACUUAUCCAACUAGUCAGCACAAAACUUCUAUUUGCAAAGGACCGAAAGCAAAGUCUGCAACAAGUUGAUGAGUUCCUCACCAAAGAGAUUGCUCCAAAGGAGCUUGUAGGUGACAUCAAGCAAAUUGGGCUGGCUCUUCUUCCUGUUCCAGUGACUAGAAAAAAUCUGCCUAAACCUGCAGAGACAAGUGAAUCAGUUCCCGAGGUGGAUGCUGCAUCAUCUAAAGUAGAAGCAUCCGUCGAAACACUUUCACCAUAUCCUAAUUAUCCUGAUCUCAAGCCUCCAACGUCACCGAUACCUUCACAACCUAGUGGCAGAGUGGAGAAAACUGAAACAGUUUCCAAGGUAGAGGUAUCUGCCGAGUCUACUCCAGAAAUCAGUUCAGCUCCAAAACCAGAAGUAACAGCAGAAGCACUAACUGGAAUUACAAGGUCACUUUCUCCAUAUCCCAAUUAUCCUGAGCUCAAGCCUCCGACUUCGCCAAUGCCUACACAAGCAUAAUUUUGGACUUGCAGAUUUCCAUAUCCAAGGUGUAUCAACUCCACAAUUGCCAAUUUUUGUAAAAUUUGAAGGAAAGUUUGUAACAAUAUUUCCAUUCUUUGUAAUUUAUUGAUGAAUGUCAUCAUGUUAUGUAGAUAGAUAUGGUUGUAGAAGUUUUGUGUGACUUAAGCAAUACAAUCACUUCUAAGCAAAA